GUGACAUCGUCCCUGGUUGGCAUCAUAUCGCCCUCCAGCUCGUCACAAGUAUACUGUUGAAGAUCCAGUCUGAACAACAUUCUCGAUAGAUACACGACUAUAAUAGCAAAAAUGGCGCCAACGAUCGGAGCUGGCACGACGGAAGCCGCUGCUUUGCAGUCGGAGAUCCAGAACGAAUUGAUGAGGCGGGACAAGGCCGAGCAAGGAGAUAACACCUUGGCGGAAUACAUAACCGUUAUGCUGAUCAACCACAAGACGUCGGACCAGAUCAACGAGGAACUGGCAGAUCUGCAAGGGAUCGAUUUUGACCCGACCUUCACGCCAUGGAUCUUUGAAAAGGCCGAGGAAGUGGUCGCCAGGUUCACUGGGUCCAGCUCGACGCCUGCUCCUGUCACUGCUGUCCUCUCUGCCGAUGUGUCCAUGGAAGAACCAUCAUCAUCAUCCCGGAACUCGAAAGCUCCCAGCAACGCUCGGCUGUUCUCGAAUGCCGUGGCCCCUCUUGCCUCGCAACCCACCCGACCUACCCCAACGGGACCUUCGGGACAAGUAGCUGGUGUCAAACGAAGUUUCUCUCCCGUGAACGAGAUGAGCGGAUCCGAGGCGUACAACAAGCGGAGAAGUUUGGGUUCAGGAGGAGUACCUACGGCUCCUCGGGCUCACAGGCAGAACGGGUUGGAGACGAAUGGCGAUCGGCAUCGAGGAAAGAGGUCGUUGUUGGACCGUAUGGGAGGGCCUCCCUUGAAUCCACAGGCGGCAGAGUUCGGUCCGGGUCGAGCAGGUGGAAGGAACAACUUCGUUCCCCCAGGCAUGCCUAUGAUGGACCCCUUCAUGAUGAGCAUGAUGGGAAUGCAAAACGGUUUCAACUUUGGUGCCGCUGGAGGACAGGACCAGGCGAUGAUGCAAGAGAUGUUCAGGCAGAAUCAGGCGACGAUGGAGCAGAUGCAAGCAAUGAUGAUGCAGAUGGCUCAGCAGAUGGGCACGGUGCCGCAGCAACCCUAUACGACAACCGUCUCGGGUCAACCUCCACAGCAGUUGGGGAAACACACUAUUGCGGGCCGAAGACCAGCGACGCUCGUCAACAACCCGUCUACCUCAGCAACGCACAAGUCGACCUCGUUCCCCGCCAAAAAGACGCUUGUUACGCCUCCUUCUCGUCCUACCUCGCAGGAGAUCUGCAAGUACGGAGUUGGAUGUACGAAUCGGUCAUGCGGAUACAGCCAUCCUAGUCCGGUGGCUACGAUGGAGAGCGGGAUGGUACUGAAGACGGAGGCUUGCCCGGAAGGUUUAAAGUGCGCAGACAAAGACUGUCCUUACAGCCAUGUCAGCCCGGCCCAAUCGUUAGGUGAUGCCGCUGGGCAAAGCCGUGUACCGUGCAAGUUUGGAAGCAAAUGUAACAACCCGGCCUGCUCCUUCCGUCACGAAGACGCUGCUGGGAACCUGAUCCCCACACCAGCCCUGACUCGUCCCGCCAAUGGGUCCUCUACUGGUCCCAUCGACGUCGACAUGGCAGACCCGACUCAGCACGACGAGCUGGACAUUACGCUCGAUCUCGAUUCGUCAGCAGCCGGUAUGGCUGCCAGUCGACCGAUUGCGGGCGUACCAGGGAAGAAGAUGGAUGGGAUCCUGGGUUCUGGAGUAGUCAAGCCGAUGAACGGGCAGAUCAAGGUGCCUUGUCGGUUCGGGGAAGGGUGCACGAGGGGGAACUGUCGGUUCCAGCAUGGCAAGGCGUGUAGGUUUGGCAAGAAGUGCUUUGACCCCCGAUGCACCUUUGUUCACCCUGCGGACCGUCAACUGAACGCGUCGAUCAACAACGAUGGCUUCAACAAUUACAAGGGAGAAAAGACGCUUGUCGACCGCGAAUUUGUCAAGGACGAGAGCGCCGUCGAGACCGUCUUGCCCGGAGACGCGAACGGUGCGGAUGAGGGCGGUGCGAUCAAGGUGGAGACUGACUAGUCAAUAACGGAAUAGAAGACACAGUUGUAGUAAUAUCAGAAAACUCGGGUCGUGAGAUAUACAUUCUUGUCGGGUUAGUGCCAAAAGUUUAUUAUACGAGACUGUGCGUAAAGGCCGACUCGCCUAAUACUCGUGUUCCCACGUUCAAUGGUCGAUCUGACUCGACGCGAC